AUGCGCGCUCACCCCGCUCUCCUGCUGCAAACCGGGUCUCCCGCUGCACCGUGGGCCAACCAGAGCCACGCGCAGGAGCUGGGGUUUGUGCUGCUCGGCUUUGCCCACGUGCCCAAGCUGCGCCCCGCGCUCGCGGCCAUCUUCCUGGCCAUCUUCCUGACCACGCUGCUGGGCAACUCUCUCAUCGCGCUGCUCACCAGCCUGGACGCUGGCCUGCGCACGCCCAUGUACUUCUUCCUGCGCCAGCUGGCCCUGCUGGAGAUCUGCUUCUCCCUCGACGUGGCGCCCCGCCUGCUGGUGACCCUGCUGCGACCCGGGGUCGGCGUGACCCCCGCCAGCUGCGCCCUGCAGAUGCUCCUAGUGCUGUCCUGUGUCACGACCGAAUGCUUCCUCCUCACCGCCAUGGCCUGGGACCGCUUCCUGGCCAUCUGCAGGCCGCUGCACUAUGGCUCCAUCAUGAGCCCCAGGAUGUGCCAUCUGCUGGCUGCCUUCUGCUGGCUGGCCGGAGUCCCUGUGUCCCUGAUCUUCACCAUCUGGCUCUUCAGCUUCCCCUUCUGCGGGCCGCGUGGAGUCCGGCACUUCUUCUGUGACAUCGCCCCUCUGCUGAGCCUGGUGUGUGCAGACACCAGACUCUUCGAGGCCAACGUGCUGGCGGCCACAGUGCUUGUCAUCAUGGUUCCCUUCUGCCUCAUAGCCACAUCCUACAUCAACAUUCUGGCCACUGUCCUGCGGAUGCCAUCCACCUCGGGGCGCCACAAAGCCCUGUCCACCUGCGCCUCCCACCUCAUAGUGGUGAUUCUUUUUUAUGGCACGACGGGGAUCAUCCAUCUGCGCCCCAAGGCCAGCUACUCCCCAGAGAGCAAGCAAGUGGUGUCGCUGUCCUACACCAUGGUGACCCCCAUGCUGAACCCCCUCAUCUACAGCCUGAGAAACAAAGAGGUCAAGGCUGCCUUUGGACGUGUGUGCUGUGGGCGCCAAGGGUUCUAG